AGGCGACCACAAAUCAACAGCGCCAACUUCAUUUCAUUAUAGUACCGAGACGCUCCUCGCUCCCAACGGCCCUUUGGCCACUGCGUGCUUUAUCCGCGGAUAAGCUGAAGCCAUUAAAUAUUUGCGUACUGAAUGUGUCUUUUCACGCUCAAUCCAGUGACGUAAGUCCUAUUAUGCUUUUAUGUUGAGUGAGAGCAAUAUUCGUCGGCGCGUCAUCGUCAAAUGCGCGCGCCCGUACAAAUCCUCCAAAACCUGCAGAAAGACACACAGGGCUCGUAUUGUUGGAGAAACGAAGUGGAGUCCCACACGCGAAAUAUCCCCGCUGGAGCGAUGUACGUUUUAUAAUUGCAUGGCAACCGCGGCCAUACCUACACUGGAUAGUGGACACGCGCUGAAAAGACCUGGAUCUGGCACAGCAAAAUGGAGAAGCACACGCUAUCUGUGCAAUUUAAACAUCAGAUAAUUCAUGAAGGAAUGGCAGAGCGCAGAUUAUCUUGAUACAACCCAUUCUUUGCAAGUCACAGCACAGACGGACACACCAUGGAUCUCCUUUGGGUUCUGUACUCCAUGCUGACUGUAUGUAUGGCCAUCAAUAUGGAAGCUACCGGGAGCCACAGCAUGUUUACCUGUGAGCCUAUCACAUUAAGGAUGUGCCAGGGCCUCGCCUACAAUACCACCUUCAUGCCCAACCUUCUCAAUCACUAUGAUCAGCAGACUGCUGCUCUCGCCAUGGAGCCCUUUCAUCCCAUGGUGAACUUGGAGUGCUCUACUGAAAUUCGCCCAUUCCUGUGUGCUCUUUACGCCCCUGUGUGUACCGAGUACGGUCACGUGACCCUGCCAUGUCGGCGCCUGUGCCAGCGGGCCAAGAGUGAUUGCUACAAGCUGAUGGACAUGUUUGGGGUCAUUUGGCCAGAUGAGAUGGACUGCAGCAGGUUCCCAGACUGUGAUGAGUCUUACCCUCGAGCGAUAGACCUUCUCCCGAGCAGUGACGGGACCGAGGAGUCUCCCUCGUCGGUUCAGCGUGACUACGGCUUCUGGUGCCCACGAGAGCUGAAGAUCGAGCCUGACUUGGGUUACUCGUUCAUGGGCGUGCAUGACUGCUCACCUCCCUGCCCAAACAUGUACUUCCGCAAAGACGAGCUCAUUUUCGCCCGCUAUUUCAUCGGUGUCGUCUCCAUAGUCUGCCUGUCGGCGACGCUCUUCACCUUCCUGACCUUCCUCAUCGAUGUUGGCCGCUUUCGCUAUCCUGAGCGGCCCAUCAUCUUCUACGCGGUCUGCUACAUGAUGGUGUCCCUGGUCUUCUUCCUGGGUUUCCUGCUGGAGGAUCGCGUGUCAUGCAACGCGGCGAGCCCGGGUCGUUUCCGCGCCUCCACCGUCACCCAGGGCUCCCACAACAAGGCCUGCACGCUGCUCUUCAUGACCCUUUACUUCUUCACCAUGGCAGGAAGCGUUUGGUGGGUCAUCCUCACCAUCACCUGGUUCCUGGCGGCCGUUCCCAAAUGGGGAAGUGAAGCUAUCGAGAAGAAGGCUUUGCUGUUCCACGCCGUGGCUUGGGGUGUCCCGGGAGCCCUUACUAUCACUCUCAUGGCUAUGAACAAAAUCGAGGGCGACAGCAUGAGCGGCGUUUGUUUCGUGGGGCUCUAUGACCUCAUGGCUUUGCGCUGGUUCCUCUUGGUGCCUCUCGCGUUGGAUGUGGUCGUAGGUGUGGUGCUGCUGUUAGCGGGGAUUGCUGCACUAAAUAGGGUCCGGAUGGAGAUUCCCUUAGAGAAGGAGAACCAGGACAAACUGGUGAAGUUCAUGAUCCGGAUCGGCGUGUUCUCCAUCCUGUAUCUGGUGCCUCUGCUGACCGUCGUCGGAUGCUAUCUGUAUGAACAGAGCCACAGAGCAGUUUGGGAGACCACUUGGGUGCAGGAGCGCUGUAGAGAGUAUCACAUCCCUUGUCCGUUUAAGGUGGAACAGACAAGCAGGCCAGAUAUCGCCUUGUUCCUCAUCAAGUACCUGAUGAUGCUGGUGGUGGGUAUCCCGUCAGUGUUUUGGGUCGGCAGUAAAAAGACCUGCUUCGAGUGGGCCAGUUUCUUCAACGGGCAUCGCAGGAAAGACAGCGCGGUGAACGAGAGCAGGCAGGUGCUGCAGGAGCCCGACUUCACCCAGCUCCUCCUCAGGGACCCUAACACCCCAGUGGUGAGGAAGUCUAGAGGCACCUCCACACAGGGCACCUCCACCCAUGCCUCUUCCACGCACCUCGCCAUGUUGGACGAGCCCCCCAGUGCCAGCACGAGCCGCGCUGGCAGCAUGCGCAGCAAAUCAAGCAGCUUCCACGGCAGCCUGCAUCGCUCCAGAGAUGGCAGGUACACAGCUUGCAGUUACCGCGGCGUCGAGGAACGUCUUCCUCACGGGAGCACCCUGCGUCUUAAUGAUCCGCUCCAGCACUGCGGCGUCAACCGCCUCGACAGCCAUUCACGACACGGCAGCCUGCAGCGCCUGGAGAGCCAAUCACGGCACAGCAGCGUGCGAGACCUCACCAUCACAGCACAGGCCAUCCAAAGCAGCCCCGGCAACGGCAUUCACCGCGUCAUAGAGGAGGACGCCACCAAGGCCUGAACUUUCACACGGCGGGAAGUAGAGACCUGACGUGUAAAGGGAACAUGGACUCUUCUGGCACAAACUCCUCGUGAUAGAAUACAUGCGUUCAGACCACACCGUGUGCCGUUUCCCGGGAACUGAACACUUGCAGGUGGUAGCAUUUUGUGCUACGCAAACUUCUUGAACACAUUUACUUAAGACUUUCGAUCAAAGGUUGUGAAGUUCAGUAACGGACUACACCAAACACUUGAAAUCUUUUGAUGUAAAACUACCAUUCAAAGGUUUGGGGUCAGUACUUUCUACAGAUUUCUAAUUUCAAAUGAAUGCUCCAGAACAAAUAAAUGCAGCCUUGUUGUGAAUAAUAAACUUCUUUUUAAAUCUCACCCACCCCAAACGUUUGAAUGGAAAGUAUAUGUAUCUUUUCUCAAGUAAAAUCUGCGUGGAACCUCUUAUUAAAGGGUUCCUGCAAUAACAGGGUCAAAAGUAAGGGCUUUUGAUACGUCAUCUUUCUGUGAUGUAUCCAGGCACUUGCUGUUUUAUAUACUUUCCGAGUUGUUCCACUACAGAUGUGGUUCUGAAUGUUUCUUUCUAUUGUUUGUUGCACUUUUGACCAUUUUGUAGAACAGAACUAGUUACGAAGAUGGACAUCUCCUCACAUUUGGGCUAAAUUUCAAUAGAUGAUUCACCCCAACACGAACAUUUUGUCAUCAUCUACCCGUCAUUCGUUACGCUUCAAACUUGUACGAUUUUCUGUUUGUCCUGUGGAACGGAAAAGGAGAUGUUCAGGAGAAUGUACAAGCUCCUCGUUUCCAUACAAGGAUAGUGAAUAGUGACCAAGGGCUGUGAAGUUAAAUAAAAAAAAAGAUAAAACGUAGCAUAAAAACAUAAAUGACUCACUUGCAUUACAUUGCAAUUCCUCUGAUAAUUGCAGGGGAAAAAAACAUUCAGUCAAUAAUUGUUUCCAGUGCCAAAGUCCUAAAUUUGAGGGUGAAAAAAUGAAAAAAAAAAAAAAAAAAAAAAGAAGUCAUUUUUCCCAUUGAAAAGCAUGAAGAGCUCAAUUUAAAAUAAACCUAAAACAAAAAAAAAUCAUCAGUUAUUUUAGAAUAGAUUAUGGUAAAUGGGCAUAUCCUUCACAACCAAGCUCUUCUCUGUUGAGUUUUAGCACUAAUGUUUAGUCGUUUACCGGAAACUGUGAAAAGCAUUUUUUAUAACAUGUUCAGAAAUCCUGCUUUACGUACAAAAUAAAACAUCACUCUCAAAACGUC